AUGAAUCCUCCGUUACCAUCUUUGACCUCGACCUGGCACAACGGCCCCUACUCAGCCAUCUCGCCGUUGCGGCCCGAGCUGAGCGCCGCUGGCAAAACAAUCAUUAUUACGGGAGCGGGCAGUGGAAUCGGUCGCGCAACUGCCCAGUCGUUUGCCAAAGCAGGAGCCAGCAAAAUCAUACUAAUCGGACGCAAUGAGGCCACGCUCCGAGAGACACAGGCCAUUUUGGAAUGCGACUCCUCCGUCCACGCCGCCGAUGUGACGGACGAGAAGGCGCUUACUGCCGUUGCGGCCGCCACUGGGACGUGGGAUGUGAUGAUCCUAGCUGCGGGAUACAUCUCCCCACGAGCGUCGAUCCGGGACUCGUCCGUGGAUGACUGGUGGCGGAGUUUUGAGACUAAUGUCAAGGGCACCAUGAUAGCGUCCAAGGUGUUCCUUCCCACAGCCAAUCCAGGUCGUGCGGCUGUCGUCGCCUUUACUGCGGUGGUUGUGUUCCCCGCGGCCCAGCUGGCCAACCUGUCCGGAUAUAUCACUUCCAAACUGGCAGUGAUCAAAGUUAUGGAGUUCCUGGCGGCGGAGAAUCCCAACGUCUUCGCUGCUGCCCUGCAUCCGGGGAUGGUCGACACCAAAAUCUUCCGCGGGUCUGGCGCAGAUCCGAGUCAACUUCCAAUGGAUUCAGUUGAGCUACCGGCGGAUUUUUCAGUCUGGCUAGCAAGUUCAGAAGCCGCGUUCUUGAACGGUCGCUCCGUCUGGGCAAAUUGGGACGUGGAAGAACUCAAGGCCAAGGCGAGUGAGAUCCAGUCUGGGCUGCUGUUGACCUCGGGGGUUUAUGGCUGGCCAUUCACAUCAUCCUAG